AUGCCUCACGAGUCUCCAUACGCACCAGUGAAGAUUCCGGAACGUCCGUACCAUGAGCUUCUUCUUGACGCUAUCGAUAAAACGAUUGCGGAAGGAAAGAAUAAGAUUGCAUUCAUUAGUGGAGACAACCCGAACUACACGUUGAGUUAUGAACAGUUGAGAAAAGAUGCGUUCGCUAUCGCCAUGUACUUGCAUAGUAUUGGAUUUAAGAAAGACGUCGCCGCCGUCGUCCUUCCCAACGUCUUCCACUACGCCUCCUUCUUCAUCGGAUGCGCGAUCAACGGUGGCGCCGUGUCAGGAGCCAGCGCUCUUUUCACGGAUUACGAGCUCCAACGCCAAUUCGUGGAUUCCCGCGCGAAAGUAGUGUUGACCUACGAGGACUUCCUUCCAAAAGUGUUGCUCGCCGUCAAGCAAUCGCCCAACAUCCAAAAAAUCAUAGUGAUCCCGAAACCAACUGGCUCCAACCUUCCCGCUGGAGUCGUCUCAUGGACUGAGGUGGUCUCUACGCCAGUCACUGCCCCACCACAAGUCCCUAUCGACGUUCAUAAUGAUUUGUUGGUGCUACCGUACUCCAGUGGAACCACUGGACCACCGAAGGGAGUCAUGCUGUCGCAUUAUAAUUUCACAUCGAUGAUCUCUAUGUAUUUGGCCAUCGACAAAUCCCACAACUUAGACGUCCUCGACCCCAACUGGGAUUGCUACAAGGAGAAAGCCCUUCUCUUCCUCCCAUUCUACCAUGUCUACGGAUUCGGUCUGCUCAAUCACUGCAUCCUCAAAGGAAUGACCGGAGUUGUCAUGUCUCAUUUUGAGCCCAACAACUUCCUGACCGCAAUUCAAAACUACAAAAUCCGGGUGCUCUGCCUGGUCCCGCCCAUUAUGGUCUUCUUGGCGAAACAUCCGAUUUGUGCCAAGUUUGAUCUAUCAUCGGUGCAAAUGAUUAUGGCGGGAGCGGCGCCUGCUGGAAAGGAUUUGAUUGAGGAGUUGAAGAGAAAGUACGCGAAUCUGAGAUAUAUUCAGCAGGGGUACGGUAUGACGGAGUGCUCGAUGGCGAGUCAUUUGCCUGAUUUGAGAAAUGAUCAACCAUUUGGGUCCGUCGGAAAGUUGGCGUCAAAUUUGGUGAUGAGAAUUGUGGAGCCAGGCACCGACCGUGAGCAACCUGUCAAUCAGCGAGGUGAGAUUUGUGUUCGUGGACCUACAGUAAUGCUGGGAUACCUCGGAAGACCGGAAGCCACUGCGUCAACUAUCAUCGAUGGAUGGCUCCAUACUGGAGAUAUCGGAUAUAUCAACGAGGAUGGAAACCUUUUUAUUGUUGACCGUCUUAAGGAGCUCAUCAAGGUCAAGGGAUUGCAAGUACCACCUGCGGAACUGGAGGAUCUGCUUCUGAGUCAUCCGAAGAUUCGGGAUUGUGCGGUGAUUGGAAUCCCGGAUGCGAAAGCCGGAGAGCUGCCGAAAGCGUUUGUGGUUAGAGCGGAUAAUACUUUGACGGAGCAGGAAGUGAAGGAUUUUGUGAAACCCAAAGUAUCCCCAUACAAACAAUUGGAAGGAGGUGUCGAGUUCAUCGAGGAAAUCCCCAAGUCGGCGGCCGGAAAAAUUUUGAGACGAUUCCUAAGAGAUCGAUCGAAUGCUAAGCUUUAG